CAUGAGUUCACUUCUGGUCGGUACUUUGUAGAUCUUGUUGCAUUUUUCGACGACCGAUUGGACUUAUAUUACUAUUAGGUAAUUCGCGAAUAGAGUGAAGGCGCGGAUCUGUGCGAAAUUGACGGACUUAAGUGCAGUUUUUUGUUUUCGCGAUUAUCUCAUUAAUUAAAGGUCUAGAACGCGCCAUGGCGGCGUGGAGUUCAGGGCUGCAGCAAUCAGCCCUGUUGAUGCUGUUCCUCACGUUAAUGUCUGCAUACGUAGUACAUGCCGCUCCUCUGUCCGAGCAGAGCACAGGAAUUGAGUCACGUUCAAAAACGCAGGGAUGUUACUAUAACUUCCAGCAUUACGAUGAGGGAGACAGAAUUUUAACAAACGAGCCUUGCCUAAACUGUACUUGCCACAAUGAAAUGCUCAUGUGCUACCUCCGAGUCUGUCCGUUCACCAAAGCCAUCGGGCAAGACUGCAAAACGGAGAAACGCCCCGAUCAGUGUUGCCCCGUUAUCAAGUGCCCCGAAGUACCUGUAAAGCUUAUGCCAUCAACAACUCCGUCCACCGCAGUUGGACACUUAAACGAGUACGGCUGUUUUAUCGAGAACAGGUUUUACUCAGACGGUGCCAGAGUUCCUUCCAACCCAAAUAAGCCCUGUGAGCUUUGCUACUGCAUCCGAAACCGUACGGCUUGCGUUAUGCAACAGUGCACACUCGAAAUCGAAGAUUGUAGGCCCGUGUAUCAAGAAGGUGUCUGCUGCCCGGCGAGGUACGAUUGUGAACACCCCGAACAAAACCUUCUCGAAACGACAACAACGACCACCGAAAGAACGACACCAAGCCUAAUCACGACGACCAUGUUCCCAGGUCCUAAAGAUUGUACCUUCGAAAAUAACUUGUACGCCGACGGCGCCCUUAUAAAGAGCGACAUUCCGUGCGAGCGCUGCUAUUGCAUGAAAGGAGACGUUAUGUGCGCUGUACAAAAAUGUAACCCCACGCCGCUGGAAAAAAUUAACUGUACAGCGUUACCGCCACGCGACGGUGAGUGUUGCCCUGACACCUACGACUGUGACAAUUUAAUCGAAGAAGAACUCACCACUUUAAUCUACGACGUUACCACGCCUUUACCUGAAAUUGUUCCUAAUGAAGUUGACAAAACUGCAACAACAUCUAGAACGGAAGAGAUACCAACAGUGCGACCACUAGAAGAAACCGAAGAGCCCUCUCAACCGACUACUGAAAGUGAACAUCCUGCAGUAGAAGGUCACGUGCCCAAGUUAGAUGAAGGCGAUUCCACACCGGCUCCGUCUGCACCAACCGAAGUUAUAACUGAAGGAUUUUUGACGUCAUCUGCCGAAGACAUGACCCAAGCUCAUGCCCAAGUUACUCAAAAACCAGAACCCUUAACUACUAUGCUGCCCGAACAAGAGCCGCCAACGACUCAAGUCGUGCCUGACCACACCAAGGCACCGCAAACAGAAGAAGAACAACCCACGACACCCAGGCUUCCUCCACGAUUUGGAGAGGAGGAAACAACGCCGUCUGAGGAAGGUAAAGAGGAACCUAAGCCAACAACUCUACAGCCUUCCGAUACCGAAUCGAGCCCUACCGUCAGCCAAUUCAUAACAGAAGCGACAGCUGGCCCUGGUGUUGAGAGUACAAAGGCGCCAGUUCCAGAGGAACCGGAAAAGGCUGCGGAAACUAGUGUUCCAGAAUCGACCAAAGCUCCCGAAGAAGCUAAGACCACAACUGCCAUGCCAAGUGAAGCCACAAAGUCGCCUGAAGAUGACAAACAAGGAUCACCAGUCCCAACUGCCACAGUCGAGGAAGAGGAGGGAAAAGCCACAACUGUACAACCUGAACCUUCUCAUCCAGUCGGUACGGUAAAACCAUUGGAGGAGGAAUCCACUGACGGUGAAGUGACACAAGCAUCAAAAUUGCCCCAAGACAAACAUACUACCUCUGGAAGUGUCGAACUCACCACCGCAUCUAUAGAAACUGAGGAACCUGAAAAGGCGACAGACGAAAAACAAUUAACCACUCCAGUACCUGAAGUAACCCAACCUCACGAGGAAGAUAAGGAACCGGCCUCUGUUAGGCCACUUGAGCCCGAGGUAACAAAAGCGCCGGAAGGUGAGAGUGAAGAAGAUGUAUCUGCCAACACAAUCGGUCCGUUAGAGCACGAAUUAACUAAAUCGCCCGAAGAUAAAGAUUUGGCCACGGCGGAAACUAAGGCGCCCGUCAAGGAAGGUACUACAAGCAGACCAGUUGAACCAACUCCAGGCGACGAGGAAAGACCAACUGAAGCCAGCAAAGAAGAGGAGGCGACAAGUGCAAAGGAACCAGAGGAAGCAGCGACAACAGUUUCACCGACCGGGCUUCCGCCUCAGAAGGAAGUAGAGCAAGCGCCUGAAAAGGAAGAGGAGCACAUGACCACGGUACCUCAAGUAUCGGUUACCGAGCCUGAGAAGGAGCUCCCACACUCAGAAACUCCAACGGCAACGUUGCCCGAAGGCACGAAGAUGCCAGAAAAAGAAGGCGAACAGACUACUCCCGCAAUUCUUCCAGAAAAGGAACACGGAACGAAAGCUCCGGAAGCGCCUGAAGAUGUGACCAAAGUACCCGCUGUGGAAGCUACUGAAAUUCCGGAUUUAGGUGUCAGGGGUCCUGAAGAGACUACAUCUCAGGAAGAAGUAACAAAGGCUGCUGAAGAAGAAGCGACAAAAUCGUCAAUCGCACAAGAGACAGAGGCACCAAUUGAAAAGGAGACGACUAUGCCGAAAGAAGGAGCUCCAAAAGUACCUGCGGCACCCGAGCAAGAAUCAUCAGUUAUUCCAGAAGAAUCUUCCAAAGCACCAGAAGCCGAAGCUACAGUCGCGGAACAUGUGACGAAAGGACCAGAAGACGCUACAAAGGUGCCCGAGGAAGUACCUACUGCUACCAAGCUUCCAGAAGAAGUAACCGAGGCACAUGUAUCACAUAUCCAAGAAGAAGUAACAAAGGUGCCAGAAGAAGAGCCGACUGAAGGACCGAAAGAAUCCACACCACUUCAUGGUGAAGAAGAAGGAACUAAAGCAACGACGCAUAUUCCAGAGGUGGAGGUAACAAAGGCCCAAGAAGAGCCUGAAAAGGCGGAAGAAGGAACGAAGGCACCUGAAGCUGUAACAACAAUGGAGGCCACAAAAAUGCGUGACGAGGUAACAGAAGAAAUUACGAAAGCAUCUGAGGCAAUCGAACCUACCAAGGUACCAGAAGUCACUGAGUUACCAGACGAUGUAACUAAAGCUCACGAAGAAGCGGCAACAAAGAGUCCAGAAGCAAUUGAACCUACCAAGGUACCAGAAGUCACUAAAUUACCAGACGAUGUAACUAAAGCUCACGAAGAAGCGGCAACAAAGAGUCCAGAGGGCCCAGCGACAGUGUUACCCGAAAAAGAGGAACCAGAAACUAGCGCCCCAGAAGAAGGUACCAAAGGCCCCGAAGUAGUAACGAGUGUGCCAAAAAUAGAAAAAACAACUACAGCACCGGAAGAAGCAACGAAACUACCAGAAACGACAGCACCAGAAAGUGAACCAACAGAAUCUACUGAAGGCGAAACGAAAGCUGCUGAAGUAACUAAAGCACCCGCAAUCGAAGAAACUUCAGCGGCAGGAGAAAGUGAAAAGGAAUCGGAAAGACCAACCUUUGCUCCCGAGGAAGCGACUAAACAUCCUGAAGAAACUAGCAAAGUACCAGUAACCGAACCGACUAAAGGGUCUGAGGGAGAAAUAACAAAGGCUGGUGAAGAAGUGACGAAAGCACCGGAACCUGAAUCAACGCACGUUCCAAAAGAGGAGGUUACGAAGUUGCCUGAACAGGUAACUAAGGAGGCAGAGAUAGAAACCAAGGCACCCGAAGAAGUCACCAAGGCCGAAGAAGUAAUUACAGAGUCACCCGAAGUAACAAAAGAAGUGUCUCCAACAGAAGCUCCAGAAGACGUAAGUGAACCAGCAAAAACACAUGACGAAGCAACGAAGGCUCCCGAAGUAGUAACUGAGGUUUCACAAGAAGUAACCAAAGGUCCAAUUGAAUCUCCCAAGGAACAUGAACCUGAACAACCAACAAAGGGUCCCGAAGAGAUAACAGAAGCGCCUAUAGAAGAAAUAAGCAAAGUUCCCGAAGAGAAGAUUAAAGAAUCAGAAUACGCAACUAAAGCACCUGAAGCCACGACGGUACCAGUUGAAGAAGCAACCAAACCAGAGGACAAGGAAACAAUGCGUCCAGUAGCGGUCACUGAAGCACCAGACUCUGCAGCUACAGGGGAAGUAACGAAGGAAAGUGAAACCAAGACACCUGACGUCACCGUACCUCCAGCUGAAAAGGUAACAAAACCAGAACAACAACCAACUAAAAUUCCGGAAGUGGAAACAGAAAGUACAGUUCAAAUUACCGAAGCACCGCAUACGGAAGCGACAGUAGAAGUUACAAAAUCUGCGGAAGAACUCACCAAACUACCAGAAGCAGUGUCAACCGAAGCUUCGGUUGAGACCACCAAAACAUCCGAACACGCAACAGAAACGGCGGAGCCAGUUGAAAAGGAAGGUACCAAAGAGCCGGAACAUAUAACAAAAGCACCUGAAGAACUAACAAAGGCGCCUGGAGCUGAUUUAACAAAAUCUCCAGAAGAGGAACAAACACAAGCACCGGAACAUGAAAAACAAACAAAGGGGCCAGAAAGUACACCGGCUCCUGAGGGAUUGACGAAAGAACCUGCAGUUCCAGAAGUGGAAGUAACCAGUGCCAAGGGCCUUGAGGAUACAACGAAACUUCCCACUGAAGAAAUUACCAAAAUUCCAGAAGGAGAAGUCACGGAAGCACCGGAAGAGGUGCCGGAACAACAAGUUCCAUCAGAAAUCACACAGGCUCCCGAAACUGAAGUACCAAAACGCCCUGAAGAGGAACUAACAAGCGCUCCCGAAGAAAGCACACACGCGUCUCGUCCUCCUGCGCAAGAAACUACCGUUCCAUCAAGGGUAGAAUUAGAAACCACGCCCAAACCAGAGGAAAAGCAAACUACUCUUCCGGAAGCUACCACUAGUAAACCAGAGCUAGAAGAAACAAGCGGCCCCGAGGAAGAAAAAACGACUGAGCCAGUGUACACAGUAACACCUGAAAAACAACCAAGCGAAGGUUUAAUUACUGAAAGCGAACAUAAACCUGAGCAAGAUCUUUCAACAGUCGGUUUAUCUCACGUGACCGAAGAACCAAUUGUCACAGUAACAGCAGUAGCAGUUGACACAGAGACGCCUCUUGUUCAACAGGGCGAAAAAUCAGAAGAUCAGACCACCGCCGUGCCGCAAGUAACCGAAAAACCAGUGGACCAAUCUACCCAGCAUGAUAUUCCAAAAGAACAAGAGACUGAGGCACCGCAGAUUGCUGUAGAGGUUAUGCCCGCAAAGGAAGAGCCUAUAACCAAGGUACCUCCAGUUUCGGCAACUCAACCGGAAGAAGUACCUGAUAAGGACGUCGCGGCAACUGAACUGCCUUCCAUUGUGUCGUCUACGCAAAAACCAGCGUAUGAGUCAACUAAGCAGCCCGAAACAACUCCUACCGAAAGUAUAACUGAGCAUAUGGUACCUGGAGAAGGCAGCUGUUUGGUUGAUGGUCAAACUUUUGCCAAUAACUCCGAAGUGCCUCCAAUGGGACAUUGCCAAAUUUCUUGCAAGUGCUUAAGUUCAAUUCUACAGUGCGAAUCCGUAGCCUGUGAAGGUCCACCUUCACAUCUUCAUAACUGCAUGCCUGUCUACCAAGGCCCUGAUAGUUGUUGUCCAACAUAUAGUUGCAGUGUACCAGAACCAUCCGAAAUUGAGUCAGAUAGUCACAAGAUGGACGAAACAACAAUUAAAGAACAGCCAGUUACUAUUUCCAUACAAGUGUUGCCUGCAAAGACCGAGGAGCCAGUAACGGAAGCUGAAGUACCUAAGGAAUCUGAACAAACCACUUCGGCGCCUACGCAGAAAACAACACAGCAGGAGGAGUCGACAACCGCUGGUGCUGAAAAAGAGGUUACAGAGGUCGAAGUUCUUACAGAAGCACCGCUAAGUAAAGAACCAGAAGGAGGUGUUGCUAUAGGAGAUCGUAUUGAAACUGAGAGCCCUGUAACGGAAUCGACAACCUUGGGUCCGAAAGUACCGGAGGAAGAAACUGUGAAGCCAGUUUAUGUACCCGUUGUGGUACAACCACACCCGGAAGCUACAGCUGCGCCGACAGGAGUCACCCAAUCAGAAACAGAAUCAGAGAUUACCAGUUCGCCAACUUCAUCUCCUAAAACAGAGGAGGCAACGAAAUUACCUGAGGAGGAGGUUGUCACUAAAUCAGAAUCAGAGGUUACUACAGCCCAUGAAUUUGUCAGCUCAUCUACCUCAUCUCCAGUAUCCGACAUCGAGAAGGCAACGCAACAUGAGAAAGAUGCCACAGAGGCUACUACUCCGCAUGAGCUCAUCGGUUCAUCCACUGAGUCUGUAGAGACUGAAACUGAGGAGGCAACGAAAGCUCAGUUGCCUGAAAAAGUUGCCACUACAUCAGAAUCGGAAGCUACUACCUCCCAUGAGGUUGUCGGUGCAUCUACCUCAUCUCCAGAAGCUGAAGUCGAGAAGGUCACUGAAUCAGAAUCAGAAGCUACAACUCCGCAUGAGGUCAUUGGUUCAUCCACUGAAUCGGAAGCGACAAAAGCACAGUUGCCCGAGGAAGGUGCCACUAAAUCAGAGUCGGAAGCUACGCCCCAUGAGGUCAUUUCUGCAUCCACUGCAUCAGUAGAGGCCGAAACUGAAGAAGGGACGAAAGCUCAACUGCCUGAAGAUAUUGCCACUAAAUUAGAGUCGGAAGCUACUACGCCGCAUGAGCUCAUCGGUUCAUCCACUGAGUCUGUAGAGGCUGAAACUGAGGAGGCGACGAAAGCUCAUUUGCCUGAGGAAGUUGCCACUAAAUCAGAGUCGGAAGCUACUACUCCUCAUGUGAUCAUUGGUUCAUCUACUGCAUCGGUAGAGGCUGAAACUGAGGAAGUGACAAAAGCUCAGUUGCCUGAAGAAGUUGACACCAAAUCAGAAGCGGCACCUACUCCGCAUGAAGUGAUGACUACAUCCCCGAAAAUUGAAACCGAGGAAGUGACGCAAGAAGAUGUCGCGACCAAAGUCGAAUCGCAGGUAACUACGAUGCGUGCAUCUACUACUUUACCACCGGAAAGUGAAACAAUGGCACAUGAAGUUACUAGUCAAUCCACGUCAUUGCCAGAAAUCGAAGGAGAAGAAAAAGUUACUAGCAAACCCGAAGCUGUCACAGAAGGAGAAAUUCAUGAAACAACCUCAACGAUUCCCGAAAAAGGUGCUACAUCGGAAAGUUCUAUGACAACUGUUAAAUCCUCGGACGCCACAGAAAGUCUUGAACAUCAAGAGACCAAAUAUCCGUAUACUAAGACAACGGUCGUAACUGAACCUGCAGUCACACAACGGACCUCUGAUGCUAGUACAGACAGUGAGACUGAGAAACACACCACAAUUGAAGUAACUACAGCUGGUGCUGUAAUCACAGAAUCAUCGACUGCGGAACCGCACAAAGAAGAGCCUGAAAUUGAUGUAACUAAGGAAGUGCCAUCAGAAACUGAGAAGGAAUAUACCACCCAGAAAUUAAGUCAGCCCACGGAACCUUCCGUUCAGACCUCAAUGACUGAAGAAGAACCGCACCAAACCACUGAAGGCAAAUCAGAGACUGAGAAACAAGCUGAAGUUACAAUGCAACCAGAUGUUGAGGCAAGUAAAUCGCCCGAAGUUCAGACUACUCCAGAAGAAGUGACUGAGAAAGCGGUAACAGGCGCUCCAGAAACAACAACCGCGGAGAUUCUAUCGACAACUCCUCACCUUGAUCUGAAUCGUACCGACCUGUACACUACCAUAAGCGAAUCUUCUAGCAUUCACCCAGACUUAGGUCAUACGCCAGAAAUGCCCGACUACCACGUACCCGAAGACGAAUAUGAAGAAGAUCAUGGCACAUAUGGACCUGGUACUUGCCGAUAUGGUGGAAAAACGUUCGUCUCGGCGCAACAAAUACCUCGCGACGAUCCCUGCGAUUUCUGCUUCUGUUUCCGAAGCGACAUCAUCUGUCUACAACAAAGCUGUCCGCCUCCGAUUCCCAGAUGUCACGAGGAACCGAUCAGGGGAUUCUGUUGUCCUCGUUACGAAUGUCCAGUCUCUAUGGCUACCGCUGUAAAUAUCACGACCACGACUACCACGACCACAACAACGCUGCCUCCCCACUUCUUCUCGCAUCACUACAAAGGCAGAGCAAAACGACAAGGUUGCCUUGUGCAAGGCAAAGAUUAUCAAGUAGGUGAAGAUGUGGCAUCUGCAUCUGGUCCCUGUUUGCAGUGCAGCUGCGGUGGUGAUGGUCAAAUGAAAUGUGAUCCCAAACCUUGUAGUCCCGAACCUAUGAUUAGGAAAAUGAUAGCAGAGGUCGAGUCUAGGCGAAGAAGAUGAACAAUUUACGAUGAUUAGUGAUAAGUGCACUAGUGAUCCGCAUUGUGUGAGUGAUAGAAACAAUUUUGCAAUUGAAUAGUGUGAAACUUUUAAAACGAUUCGUAGCAUUCUCGGGUGCCAAAUUGAAAAUAAGACUAGGUAUAUCGUGCCUUUAAAGGAAACUCCAGCCAAGAGUUUCUGACCAGUGAGUGCAUGUAUUUACACGUGCAAUAAAGUGAUUGUAUACUCGAUUUAAUUAUUUAUAAUAACUUUUGACUGAAUUUUUUACUACUUUUUUAAAUUUAGAACUUUUUGUACGUGUCUCGUAUUUUGAUAGCCAUUUAAAAACCCAAGAUAAAGGGCUCCUUUGUUGUAUUGUUUAUUGUGUCGCACAUAAGACUCUGGACUGUUUGACUAGCAGAACGCUGCCAUUUUAAUGUAGUUUUUAUUAAAAACAUGUACACUCCCUUGUUCUGCCACUUGAACGUCUAGAUCGUUUUUGUAUAUUUAUGGAUGCUCAAUAUACUUAUAGAAUAUGUAGUAUUUAUCUUACUAUAAUUAAAAUGAACAAAUUAA